GCCAAUUUGACUAAACCCGAAUUAGAAAAUCACAAAUAGAGAAGUGGGUAUACUUUAAUUCGUCGUCAAUCCAACCUGAGGGACGCGGUUAAGGUUCUUCUUCCAGAACAAAGUAUUCUCAUCUCUUACUAAAAUACGUAUCCAUACUCUUCAAUCUUCAAUCAUCCAUUCUCAAAUCGGUUUUCUGGAUAGAGGGAUUCAAUUCUCUCACAACUGAAUCCGGGUCCCUUCUUGUUCUUGAUCAUGGCAAGCCCCAAUGAAAAUCACAAACCAGCAGCUAAAGAUUCAGAUGCCCCUGGAGGUCCGGAAGAAGAAACGAAGAAAUGGGGCACUCAUAUAAUGGGCUCGCCGGCAGCACCGACGGUUCACCCUGACAAUCAGCAGGCGGCGCUUUGGCAGGCUGAAGGCCCGGCCCAAUUUUACCAUAACCAGCAGCCUUACCUGGUGUAUUCUCCUGUGGAGAAGCCCCCAGACAACCCAUUUGAAUAUGUGGUUAACACGUUCAAUUCAUGGAGUCAUCGGGCCGAAGAAAUGGCCCGAAAUAUCUGGCACAAUUUAAAAACUGGACCAUCUGUGUCUGGAGCGGCAUGGGGAAAGGUUAAUUUGACAGCAAAGGCAAUAACAGAAGGAGGAUUUGAGUCCCUUUUUAGGCAGAUUUUCCCAACUGAACCAAAUGAGAAGCUGAAGAAGACUUUUGCCUGUUACCUUUCCACAACAACUGGUCCUGUUGCUGGAACCCUCUAUCUCUCGACUGCGCGCGUGGCUUUCUGCAGCGAUCGCCCCCUAUCUUUCAGAGCUCCGUCUGGCCAGGAGGCAUGGAGUUACUACAAGGUGACCAUACCUUUGGGGAACAUAGGGAAUGUGAAUCCUGUGAUCAUGAGAGAAAAUCCACCUGAGAAGUAUAUCCAUAUUGUGACCAUAGACGGUCACGAAUUCUGGUUCAUGGGCUUUGUGAAUUUUGAGAAAGCUUCGCAUCAUCUCUUGGAUAGCGUUUCGGAUUUCAGAGCGACUGGGAAUGUGGCACAGCCCGUCGUUAGCUAAGAAGUGACUGCAUAUGAUUUGUCCAUUCGCUAGGCAGUCAUUAUACAUGUUCGUUUGUAUGAUGCAUGUAAAAGAGUUCAUUUGUGCUUGGGGUUACCAUCAUCUGUUGUAGAUAAAGGGUAUAUGGCUUCUGUGUAUUGUUGUGCGGCUAAGUAGCAGUUUCAAUAUGAUUUGGUACUAUUAUGUGAUACUCUGUUCUAAAAUAUGUCAUGUAAAUUCUAUUGUCUAUAUUGUAUCCUUUAUCUA